AUGCAUUCCUACAUUCGGCCGCACCAGUUCGUGGCCCUCCGGCUGCCGUCAGACGUGCUGAAGAUUGUCAAGCUCAUCCCGGAUACAACCGUCAACUUGGGCAAAUAUGGCUUAUUCCCCGCGAAUCAGAUCAUCGGACGGCCGUUCUACAUGACUUAUGAAAUUGACAACCCAGACGAGAAGGAUGGCCAUGUGCUGCGGGCCGUUUCCGCCGCCGAACUGCAUGCCGAAGCCCUGAUCGCAGACGCCGACGUCGACGGAGAAGGUGAGGGCCUGGAGCAAGAGGAUGGGACCCCAAUGCGGACAAACCGAGAGACGAUCGACGAUUCAUCGACGCAGCGAUUGACGGUGCAGGAGAUCGAAGAGCUGAAGAAGACGGCCACGGGGGCGGGUCGAGAGAUCGUCGAGAAAAUCUUGCAGUCGCACUCGGCAUUGGACCAAAAGACCGCCUUCUCGCUGGCUAAGUACACGUUACGGAAGCGCAAGAAGUUCAUCAAGCGAUUUACCAUCUUCCCGAUGGACGUGAGUUUGCUCACCAGCUAUAUUCUGGAGGGACGGGAUGCCGCGAGAACCUUGGAGCUGCGGGACGAACAUAUCGGUCUGCUCGGCUGUUUGGCGAAUGUACACCACGGUGGAAAUCUUGCGAUGGAUUCAAGUCCAGUGCCAAAGCCGAAUAGUCGGUACUUUGUGGUCGACGAUACGGGUGGCCUCGUUGUGGCGGCAAUGGCCGAGCGCAUGGGCAUUCUAUACCCCCGGGACGAAGACGAGGGCGAUGAGGACGAGCAACAGCCCACUCACAACAAGCGUCCCCGUCAAGCCCCAAUGUCUGCAUCCGGCAACACCAUCACCGUCGUCCACUCUUACUCACAACCGAACCUAUCCCUCUUGAAAUACUUUGGCUACGACACGGACAAACCCGACGAAUCACAUCCUCUCCACACCCAUCUCAAAUCGAUCAGCUGGAUGCAGCUGAUUGACCCCAUGGCAGAUCCCAUCUACGGAAAUGAGCCACCCGUCGUCCCGGCAUCGGAGCUAGAAAGUUUCAAGCAGAGCAGACGCAGUGCAUAUUUCCACAAGCGCAAUCGAUGGGAAAAGGUCAAGGGCGUGGUGGAUGAGGCGCGAGAUGGUGGAUUUGAUGGACUGAUUGUUAGCGCCCUGAUGGAGCCAGCAGGCAUUCUCAAGCAUCUGGUGCCACUGCUUGCUGGGUCGGGCUCUGUCGCCGUCUAUUCACCAACCAUCGAGCCACUCACUCAGCUGAUGGACAUGUAUUCCACAGCUCGGAGGACGGCAUUCAUCCACCGGAAGCGGGAGAUCGAGACACAAGGGUGCUCAGACGCCGCGUUGAAUGAAGAGUUCGAACUCGAUCCCACCAUUCUGCUCCCUCCCAACCUGCACACAUUACGCGUGCGCCAGUGGCAAGUCCUGCCCGGUCGUACCCACCCCCUCAUGUCCAGCCGCGGCGGCGCAGAGGGCUAUCUCUUCCAUGGACUUCGCGUGUUCCCCGCUACCCAGACGAUCCAGGCCGCAGGCGCCUUCCGGAAACGACGGAAAGUGACCAGCACGGCCACCCCGGGCAGUGAUUCAGAUGUCGAGAUGGCAUCGACAUCUGUAUAA